ACAUAGAUGAAAUCCAUCAAUAUUGCCCCCAUAACUCAGACACUCCACGUGAAACAAGCUACAAGUUUAUUAAGAGUUUUAGAACUCAACCAUGCAAGAUUGUAGGAUAGGAUUUGUAACAUUCCCUGUGAAGUAUCAAUGUGUUGUCUUUAGACCAUUUAAAGGCGAGAUCUUAGAAGCUGUUGUGACUAUGGUCAACAAGGCAGCUGUUUUCUAUUUGCUACUCUCCUGACUUAAUGAUAAGAUUAUCUUAUGAACCAUGGAUUUCUACUGCUUUACCGAUAACUGCAUUUGUGAUUCCUACAGAUGGGAUUCUUUGCAGAGGCUGGACCUAUUCAAAUUUUUGUUUCAAACCAUGUAAGUAUUUUUCCCUUUUUAAUAAGGUUUCUGCUCCAAGAGGAUUGCUAUAUUCAUCUUGUGACAAGCAUUUUCAUUUUUCCAUUCAAAUCUAUGCCCUUUGUGCUUAAUUCAAUAAUUAGUCUAUUAACUA